CCCCUUUAGUCACAUCUUCAAAACCGCCAUAAUGUCGUGGCAAGCAUACGUCGACCAGAGCCUCGUUGGCACUGGCAACAUUGACAAGGCCGCCAUCUUCAACAGCGAAGGCAACAGCGUCUGGGCCACUUCCGCCGGCUUCACUGUUUCACCCCAAGAGAUGGCCGAGGUUGUCUCUGCAUUCAAGGACACUUCCGACGUCAAGAAGGUCCAGAGCACUGGCCUCCACGUCGCUGGCGAGAAGUUCAUCGUUCUCAAGGCCGACGACAGAAGCUUGUACGGCAAGAAGGGCAAGGAAGGCAUCCUCAUCGUCAAGACCAAGCAAGCUCUCCUCGUCACUCACUACCCCGAGCACGUUCAACCGGGUGUUGCCGCCAACACCGUCGAGCAACUCGCCGACUACCUGAUAAGCGUCAACUACUAGAGAAAGAAUAUCCCACAUCUGGAUUAGCUUUUUCUGGCCAUCAUCUCCCGCAUUUUGUUGUCGAAAUAUCUCCUUGACGUUGAGAUUUUGAGGCUUUGACACCGCCCUUUUUCUUUUUCCUUGAUUGUACAGGGUGCAGAGGAAGAGGACUUGGGCUCUCAAUACAACUCCACACAAAAAGACAGCAGCAACACUGUUACACCACUCGAAGACUUGUGCAUAGCGAAUAUAUCUACCUUUUGUUUACUCCUUUGGCUCUGCCCUUGAUCUGCCCAUCCCGAUCGCUUUUCUGACUGACAUGAGAAACAUCUUGAUUUUGGAAAUUACAAGGUUGUGACAUGCUGAUCAAUUCAAAGAAAACCCUCCCAUAUCUCUUCAUCAUCUCCGCCAGCAACCUCACUGUCUCGCACAACCUCGCCUAAUGCAAUAGGAGAAGCCACAAGCAAGUCGCAAGCGGCGGCAAACAC